UCAAUCAAUAAAUCGAUGAUUGUGGAAAAGAUAAGUGUCUGAUGCCGCUGCCCUGAUCUCAAAUAUGAAAUGUGACGGAAAUGUGGCCAGUAUCACCAAUUACCCUACAGAAAAUGGAAGUAGUUUCUUCUCUAGUUCAUUUAAUGGGUGUGGUUUAGAGACUGCUUAUAGAGAUCCAAAUAAUAAAAAGAUGGUUCCAUGUGGAGCAGGUUCUCCUCCAACCUACCCUGGAGCAGGUUCUCCAACAUAUCCUAGAGCUGGUUCUCCAACCUACCCCGGAUAUGGAGGAAAGGAAACCAACGGGGACCAAGAGGACAGGAAUGUGGACGGAGGGAAGGGCGCUGUUGGGCUGGUGAGCCAGGUAUCUGAACUGCAGAGUAGCCUGGUUAACCUGCAGCAGGAGACGGAGGAGACCAUUAACAAGCUCAGGCAGGAGCUAGCUGACAAGGCUAGUAUAGUAGAGAGCUUACAGCAACAAAUCCGAAUGAAAAUGAUUUUAAACCUAGCUGGUGGCGGAGGAUCUAUUAAUGGCGGAGGAAACGGGAAUCCAGUUCUUCAAGCAUUGGCGGAAUUUCAAGGUGGACACGAUAGCUUAGGAGGAGGAGAGGAUAUUCUGUCCUCUUGGAGAAAACAUUUAGAGCUUCUUGGAGGGGGGCAGGAUAGGGGCAACACCCCCGGCUCCCCUCAUACUGUUAGAUCAUCUACACCCCUUGAUGGAGGGAUAGAGGGGGGGAAUAGACCCUGUUCUACCCCUUCAAUAGAGGACAGCCCUCAUAGAAAUACAGGAUUCCAAAAGAAGAUCCGCUAGAAGAACGUCUUCAUGAUAUGCUGAGGUAUAACAUGGAAAAGUUUGCUGGGCAACCAAUAGAUACUCUAGCUGACUCAAGAAGGUAA